GACCGUCGCUCCUGACUUCCCUGACCAUGGGCCCGCGGAGCCGCGAGCGUCGGGCCGGGGCAGUGCAGAGCACCAACGACAGCAGCGCCCUCAGCAAGACCUCCCUGGCCGCACGCGGGUACGUGCACGACACCUUCGCCGCCUUGCUAGUUCCAGGGACCCCGCGCCGCGCGCCGCUCAUCCACCGCGGCUACUACGUCCGCGCACGCGCCGUGUGGCACUGCGUGCGCGCCUUCCUGAAGGGGACGUGCGCGGCCCCCGGCGCGCCUCGCGCCCAGAUCCUGUCGCUCGGCGCUGGCUCGGACUCGCUGUAUUUUCGCCUCAAAACUGCGGGCCGCCUGACCCGGGCUGCCGUCUGGGAGGUAGAUUUUCCGGACGUGGCACAGCGCAAAGCGCAGAGGAUUCGAGAUACGCCGGAACUGUGCGCGUUAACUGGGCCUUUCCAGAGCGGGGACCCCGGGUACACAUUGUGCUUUGAGAGCUCGGACUACCGCAUCCUGGGCUUGGACCUGCGGCAGCUGCAGCGAUUGGACCACGCCCUGGCCACCGCGGGCCUUGAUGCAGCCGCACCGACUCUGCUCCUGGCUGAGGCCGUGCUAACCUACCUCGAGCCGGAUGAUGCCGCGGCCCUCAUCGCCUGGGCCGCCCAGCGUUUUUCUAAUGCCCUUUUCGUCGUCUACGAGCAGAUGAGGCCGCGUGACGCCUUUGGCGAGUUCAUGCAGCAACAUUUUCGGCAGCUGAAUUCUCCCCUGCAUGGCCUGGACCGCUUUCCCGACGCGGAAGCCCAGCAGCAGCGCUUCCUUCAGGCCGGCUGGACCGCCUGCCGUGCAAUGGACAUGAAUGAGUUCUAUCGCUGCUUUCUUCCUGCAGAAGAACGCCGGCGCGUGGAAAAUCUCGAAACUUUCGACGAGUUUGAGGAGUGGCAUCUGAAGUGCGCCCACUAUUUCAUUCUGGCCGCUUCUCGGGGAGACGCCCUCUCCCAAACUCUGGUGUUUCCACCCUCAGAGACGUUUCCUCGGAUAGAUCCUGCUUCCCCUUCAGGAGUCUUCCCUGCCAGUGUAGUCACUGGUAAUAGCCAGGGCCCAGACCUUAAGAGAUAUGGCCACGCCUCGGUCCUUUUGAGCCCAGGUCUUAUUCUCAGUGCUGGCGGAUUUGGAGAGCAGGAGGGGCGACAUUGCCGAGUGAGAAAGUUUCACUUGCUUUCAAGAUACUGUGACUUUGAAUGGAAAGGCAACCAAUUAUGCAGUUGGGGGACUGGAGCUCAGUGGGAUGGACGCCUUUAUCACACCAUGACAAGACUUUCAGAUACCCAGGUUCUGGUUCUGGGAGGGAGACUGUCCCCAGUAACUCCAGCCUUGGGGAUUCUCCAACUUCUUUUUUGCAAGAGUGAGGAUAAUAACCCUGAGGACCUAAAUGUCACAGUCACAAAUGUCGGCCCAGAAGAAGAUUCCACUUUGUCACGUUGGCGCCAUUCAACAACAGAAGUGUCCUAUGAGAAUCAGAGAUAUUUGUUUGUGUAUGGGGGCCGCAGUGUGGCAGAACCCGUACUAAGUGACUGGCAUUUCCUACAUGUGGGGACAAUGGCUUGGGUCAGGAUCCCAGUGGAGGGAGAAGUACCUGAAGGUCGGCAUUCCCACAGUGCCUGCAGCUGUCAAGGGGGAGCCCUCAUUGCUGGAGGUCUGGGUGCUUCUGAGGAGCCGUUGAGCUCUGUAUACUUUCUGAAACCAAUCUCUUGUGGAUUCAUCUGGGAGUCAAUAGCCAUCCAGCCUCCCAUUACCCCAAGGUACUCCCACACAGCUCAUGUGGUCAAUGGGAAGCUUUUGUUGGUUGGAGGGGUCUGGAUUCAUUCCUCCUCAGUUCCUGGAGUGACUGUUAUUGAUUUGUCUACAGGACUGAGCUUCGAGUAUCGGAUUGACACAACAUGUGUGCCAUGGCCAUUAAUGUUACACAAUCAUACCAGCAUCCUCCUUCCUGAAGAGCAACAGCUCCUGCUCCUUGGAGGUGGUGGGAACUGCUUUUCCUUUGGUACCUACUUCAACCCCUGUACGGUGACAUUAGACCUUUCUUCCUUAAGUGCUAGGCAGUAAGGACUGGACUUGUGAUAUAUUCAGGACCUACUAAAGUAGACAAUAAAGCUUUCCAAA